AUGAGGCCUUGCCCAAGGAGACUCUGUCAUCUGGACCAAACUGUCCAGGGGCCUUUGCUUUUGGCUGUGCUCAUCUUCCUCCUCUUCACCUUGCCCUCCUUUAUUAAGGAACCUAACACAAAGCCUAGCAGGAAUAAGCAUCAACAGAACAUUAAGGAAAGGUCCCCAGAGUUACUGCAAAAUGCUAUGUCUCAGGCACCCACCACGAGAAGGAAGGCAACCACGCACAUGGAGUCAGUACAGGGGACCCACACUUGGGACACCCUCCCCGAGGCCACAGUCCUCACGGCCAACCAGCGCAGAAGAGCACAGACCAGCAAGGCCCAUGCCGAGGAGCUGGGCAGAGUGCCCACCUCCACCGGAAAGGCAGCACUGCAGACACGGGCGAGCAAGGACACCCGGGUGGACACGCUGCCCCCAACGGCUGGAGGUGGGGGGGUGACCUCCAGCAGGACCGAGGCGCCAUCCCUGAACAGUCAGAACCCAAGGCCGACCAAAGGAUCCGGGGACUGGAAGGCGAGGCCCACAGGCCCCGGAGCGGUGCCCACGGAGCCGCGGGACAGCCCGGCAACUGCAGCUAAGACCCUCCUUCCAAAACUCCAGGCCGGGGCGCAGGCGGGGAAGGGAGCCAGAGGAGCCACCCCAGCAGCCGCCCCCUCCCAGGACAGAGCCCAGCCCACACAGUCCUCGGCCCCUCCCCGGAGCCCUGCCACCCAGAGAAGCCAGAAGCUGAAGGCCGCCAACUUCAAGUCUGAGCCCCAGUGGGAUUUUGAGGAUGAAUACAGUCUGGAGGUGGGCGGCCUGCAGACGACCUGCCCUGACUCGGUGAAGAUCAAAGCCUCCAAGUCACCCUGGCUCCAGACUCUCUUUCUGCCCAACCUCACCCUCUUCCUGGACUCUGGACACUUCAACCAGCGCGAGUGGGACCGCCUGGAGCACUUCCCUCCGCCCUUCGGCUUCAUGGAGCUGAAUUUCUCCUUGGUACAGGAGGUCGUGGCGCGCUUCCCCCCAGUGCCCCAGCAGCAGCUGCUCCUGGCCAGUCUCCGCCCCGGGAGCUCCCGGUGCAUCAGCUGUGCCGUGGUGGGUAACGGGGGCAUCCUGAACAACUCCCACGUGGGCGCAGAGAUAGACAGCCACGACUACGUGUUCCGGCUGAGUGGUGCCGUCAUUAAAGGCUAUGAACAUGAUGUGGGUACUCGGACCUCCUUCUACGGCUUUACCGCCUUCUCUCUGACCCAGUCGCUCCUUAUACUGGGCAGUCGGGGUUUCCGGCACGUGCCUCUGGGCCAGGACGUCCGCUACCUGCACUUCCUGGAAGGCACCCGGGACUAUGAGUGGCUGGAAGCACUGCUUCUGAAUCGGACCGUGACUUCAAGGAACCUUUCCUGGUUCAGGCGCAGACCUCAGGAGGCCUUCCAGGAAGCCUUGCAACUGGACAGAUACCUGUUGCUGCACCCAGACCUGCUCCGAUACAUGAAGAACAGAUUCCUGAGGUCUGAGACUCUGAACACUGCCCACUGGAGAAUAUACCGGCCCACCACGGGGGCCCUCCUGCUGCUCACUGCCCUCCAGCUCUGUGACCGGGUGAGUGCCUAUGGGUUCAUCACCGAGGGCCACGAACGCUUCUCUGACCACUACUAUGAUAAGUCCUGGAAACGAACUAUCUUUUACAUCAACCACGACUUCAAGUUGGAGAGGACGCUCUGGAAGCGGCUACAUGAUGAAGGUAUCAUCCGGCUGUACCAACGUCCUAUGACUUCCAAGCCGACCAUCUGA